GUCAACCAGAGCUGAAUCUUUAACAGAGCACGCUGCUGGGUCUCUCUGCCUCAGCCCCCAGACACACACACACACACACACCAUACACACACACACACCGACCAAACACAUGGAGUACUGCCACGCUGUGUUUCUCUGGAUCUGCUGCAGCCUGUUGCCAGGGCUCCAUGAUGGUUUCAACAUUGACACCAAGAACCACAGGAUCAUCAAGGGUCCCAAGCAGGCCCAGUUUGGAUACACUGUGCAGCAGCAUGUUGCCGGGGGACAAAAGUGGUUAUUGGUGGGAGCUCCAUAUGAAACCAAUGGUCACCACCAGACAGGGGAUGUGUACAAAUGCCCAUUGGGCAAACGGUCCAACGGCAGCUGCUCCAAACUCAACCUAGGAAGGAUAUCUCUGACCAAUGUCGCCGAGCGAAAAGACAAGAUGAGGCUGGGGAUGACGCUGACAACCAACCCCAAAGACAAUAGCUUUGUGGUCUGUGGACCCCUAUGGUCCUACGAGUGUGGCAGCUCAUACUACAGCACUGGGAUCUGCUCUCGAGUCAACGCCAGCUUCAAGUUCUCCAAGACCAUCGCUCCAGCCUUCCAGAGGUGUGAGACCUACAUGGAUAUAGUGAUCGUUCUGGAUGGUUCCAACUCCAUCUACCCCUGGACGGAGGUGCAGGCCUUUCUUAUCAACAUUCUACAGAAGUUCUACAUUGGACCAGGCCAGAUACAGGUUGGAGUGGUGCAGUAUGGAGAGAAGGUGGUGCAUGAGUUCCAUCUGAAUGACUACAAGUCGGUGGAGGAGGUGGUGAAGAGAGCGAGCAACAUCCACCAGAGAGGCGGAGAGGAAACCAACACGGCCCUCGGCAUCAACGUCGCUCUCUCAGAAGCAUUCAAGCGAGGAGCCCGACGAGGCGCCAAGAAGGUGAUGAUCGUGAUCACUGACGGGGAGUCACAUGACAGCCCUGACCUUCAACAGGCCAUCGAGGACAGCGAGAAGGAUGGUAUCACCCGAUAUGCCAUCGCUGUGCUUGGCUACUACAACCGGCGUGGAAUCAACCCAGAGGCAUUCCUGAAUGAAAUCAAGUAUAUCGCUAGUGACCCCGAUGACAAGCACUUCUUCAAGGUGACUGAUGAGUCUGCAUUGAAGGACAUUGUGGAUGCGCUUGGGGAUAGGAUCUUCAGUUUGGAAGGGACCAGUAAGAACGGGACGGCAUUUGGCCUCCAGAUGUCUCAGGCUGGCUUCUCUUCACACUUCGUGGAGGAUGGGAUCCUGGUGGGGGCACCGGGGGCCUACGACUGGAAUGGAGCCGUCCUGAAGGAGACCCGACAGGGGAAGGUGGUUCCACCCAAGUCCUCCUACUCACAGGAAUUCCCAGAGGAGCUGAAGAACCAUGGCGCCUACCUAGGUUACACAGUAACAUCGGUGGUGUCAGCCAGGAACGGUCGACUGUAUGUGGCAGGAGCACCGCGGUUCAACCAUACUGGCAAGGUCAUCAUCUUCACCCUGAAGAACACUGGCAACCUCACCAUCCUGCACUCCCUCAAAGGACAACAGAUUGGGUCCUACUAUGGGAGUGAGAUCUCCCCGGUGGAUAUAGAUGGUGACGGAGUAACAGACAACCUACUGGUGGCAGCGCCCAUGUUCUUCAGUGGAGGCUGGGAGAAGGGCAAGGUGUACAUCUACAGAGUGACUGAGCUGAAUCGUUUCGUUCUGGAGGGAGCGUUGGAGAUCCAGGACCGUGGUCAGAACGCUCGGUUCGGCUCCUCGCUGGCCCCGGUCCCUGACCUGAACGGGGACGGCUUCAACGACGUGGUGGUGGGGGCCCCGUUGGAGGAUGACCAUAGAGGAGCUAUCUACGUCUUCUUCAGCCAACGCAACAGGAUUCUGCGUAAAUACAAACAGAGGAUAGCUGCGUUAGACAUGGCCAGUGGCCUGCGCUACUUUGGCCGUAGUAUCCAUGGCAGAAUGGACAUGGACGAGGAUGGGCUGGUGGACUUGGCCGUGGGCUCCCUGGGGGCAGCCGUGCUUCUAUGGUCUCGCAGUGUCGUCCGAAUUCACGCCAACAUCAGGUUUGAACCCGGCAAGAUCAACAUCUUUGUGAAGGACUGUGAGAGGGGAGGCAAGGACGUGACCUGCAUGUCAGCCGUAGUGUGUCUAAACGUCACCGCCCGGACAGCCAUACCUCCUACACAGGAAGUGGCGAUCACUUACAACACCACCAUUGGGGAGCGCCGAUUCAACCCCAGAGCCAUAAUGGAGGACCCUGAUAAACUGCUGUUUCAAAACCUGACCCUGCUUUCUGGAGAGGAGACCUGUCAACACAUCCACUUCCAUGUCAUGGAGACCACGGACUACGAGAGGCCCAUCGUGUUCACUGUGGCGGUGGCACUGCAGCAUCCCGACCAGGGCCCUGCGCUGGACGACACCUGGCCCACCACCGUCAGGACUGAGCUUCCCUUCUGGAAUGGCUGUGAUGAGGACGACCGCUGUAUACCAGGCCUGUCCUUACAGAGUACAACUGACCUGCUGUCUUGGAGGCAGUUCUGUGGGAAUGCAGUCCACUCCAGGGGUGCGAUGUGUCGACGUCUGUCCGAAGGAGGGGCGGAGGGGUCAGAGCGAGUGAUGGAGGGAUCGAGGAGGAGGAUGGUGGUGGACGUUCGUCUGGAGAACAGGGGAGAAAAUGCCUACGGAGCCCGCCUCAACAUCACCUACACUCCUAACCUACGAUUCUCUAGUCUCAUAGUCAAGCACAACUCAGAUAUCAAGAUAGAGUGUCAUAGUGAAGACAGACAGAGGCAUGAGAAGACCUGCAACGUCAGCGCUCCCUUCAUGAGAGCCAAGACUCAGGUAUCUUUCCGCCUGGAGUUUGAGUUCAGCCGAUCAGUGUUCCUGGACCACGUACGAGUCAUUCUAGAAGCCAGCAGUGACGGAGAGGAGGUUACCUUAGAAGACAAUUUCAACGACAUCUUUCACCCGUUGAAAUACGAGGCUGACCUCCUAUUUACAAGGGACUCCAACCCCUCUGGCUGUGAGAUCAAAGCAGACCUCUCCCUGGAGAUACCGGGAAAUAUUGGUCCUCGAUUCAACUUCACCUUCCAGAUUCAGAAUCUGGGCUUCUUUCCCGUGAGGGACCUGCAGUUGAAUAUAGAAAUUCCAGAGAUGACCAAAAACGGGAACCAGCUGUUGCAGAUAUCGGACUUCCAUAUUGACAAGACAGACGGUACCCGCUGCAUACCCCCUCAACAUGUGGCACAGAGCAGGGCGUCCCCAGAAGACCUCUCUCGAGUCUCACGCCUGAACCAGUCCAAUACUCUGCCUCUGCCGGUCCAAUGCACUGUCAACCUGAACCCCUACAAGGAAGUCAGCGUCAUAAUCAGGGGGGCAUUACGGUUGGACGCCUUUCAUGCUCUGAGGUUCAAAGUCCUGGAACUGGUGACGAGUGCAUCAGUAGAACUUCCACCUUCAAGCCCCAUGUUUCUUCAUGAAGAAAGGCCUGUCAGACAUAUAAUCCUGGAGAUUAGGAAAGAAGGAGAUUACAGAAUCUCAAUCUGGAUAAUCAUUGGGAGCACGCUGGGAGGGUUGUUGCUGCUGUCCCUGCUCAGCCUAGCUCUAUGGAAGCUUGGCUUCUUCCAGAGGCAGAAGAGGAAAGAAGAGGAUGAGCAGGAGACCAAUGGAAAGGUGGCAGAGGAGCGGUAACUAACGCAGGCGAGGGACCAGCCAUCACACACACACAGGGGACCCAAAACUCAGGGACUGCCCCAUCCCCCCCGACACUACAGUGGUACAGUCCAGAAGGCUCUGCAAGAUGAGACCGUCAGAUCAAGACCUGCUCAGUGCACUGGAUGACCAACUGUACCUGUAUGACCCAUGAGACGUUAGCACUACCAACCAUAAUGCCCUGCCCUCCACUAUAAUGCCCUGCCCUCCACUGUACUGCUGAGACUACUGGACCCUCCUAGGUGCCUGGUUACCCAUACCCACCUCUGACCUCUACCCUUUAGCUAGACACCCUUCCCCAUGGUUACCCACCUCUAACCUCCACCCACACUGCCCUUGGUUACCCACCUCUAACCUCUACCCUGUAUCUAGGCUUUGGCACCCUUCCUCCUGACCACAAUGAAGAGCGAUGGAGAGAUAUUUUGGUUGAUGAGUCCAUUCCUAUUGGUGUAAUAAUGACUAACUUAGAAAGGGCUGUAGUUAUAAUCAGACAAUGAUUCUGAGGCAAGCAGCUUAAAUUUGAUUCACCUUGGUAGGCUUUGUUUUGAGAUAACUGUACACUGUACAAGAAAAAACCUCAAGGUGCUGUGCCAACUGCAGGCGGCUUUAUUGGCCUACUAUGGCCUACUGCGCUGACAUGUACAGUACAUACUUCUGGAGAGAAACACAAAGACCAAGAAGUUGGCGGCAUGUGCCAGUAGAUGUAACUCUACCCAAGUGACUUUUAGAGAAUGGUAUUGUGAACUGAACAUCUCCAAGGCACCAGGACAACAACUGUCAACAUUCAAGAAACUCUCUGGUGCUUUUGUUUCCAAAGAACUUGGGCAGAGAACUGAUUUUUGGAAGUCCCAAGACAAUACCUUCUGUUUUGGAGAACCAACGUUCCUUCCCCUCCUCUCAUACUAGUCCUACAGUAUCUCCAUUGGAGGCGAAAUACACGGAAUAAAUUCAUAAUUUUGAUGCACUUUUACUUUGUAGAAAUACAAACUUGAAUUUUGUAAAUAGUCAAGUAUCUUUUUAUACAUAACCAAGUCUAAUAUUGUGAUUUUCCAGUAUUCCCCAGAAGGAUUGUGGCAUUAUCCUAUUACUCCAGAGCCAUGGCAAACGAGUUUAGCCUACGAGACAAAUACAAAUCGGUUUUCUGACAUGCUUUGCACCCCAACAAAUAGCCUUUGAAAAAAGGAUAUGCAUAGAACUAUUCUCCAUCCACAACAUGCACCUGUUCUGAGCGUGCUGUUGAAGACCGACUUAUUCAGGAUUUCAACAAAAUGGCGGUCUAUCAUGUAAUGUUACAUGAUCUAAUGAGGAUCGGACCAUUGGUGUUUAGUGCGUCUAUGUCCAAAUGAAUCAUUUUCAAACAUUUUUUGGUCAAUGAAAUCCCUUUUGUUUAUUCAUGAAUGUCAGUGUCCAACCCAUGUGGCUGAGGUAUAAAACAACUAAUACAUCCAGAAUAAAAUAUGUAAAAUGUGUUGUA